GAGAAACCGAAAGACUGCGGAGAGAGAAAGAACAGAAAAGAAAGAGCGUGGUGAAAUUUCUAGAGAGAGAGAGAGAGACACAAUUGACCAUUCUCUCUCCUCAAUGGAAACCGGCGAACAUGUUCUCCUUCCAGCCACCGCCACCGCUCCAACCGCCGGCGGCGAUUCCACCGCCUCGUCUCCUCCGCUCGGUGAUUCUGUUAUCAUCAUGACUCCCGAUCCAGCUAUUGACGUUGAUGAUGUUGCUGAGCCUGAAAUUCAUGCUCUGAUUUCUGAUGAAGAGCAUGAUCAUGAACGUGAAAUUGAAAUUGAUCAUGAUUUCGAUCAUGAGAACGAGCACGAGCUUGAUCAGCGUGAUGAUGGUCAGGAACCCGAUCAUGUGGCUGAAACCGUUGUUUCAUUGGAUGAUCUCAAGCUAAAGAUAAUUAAGCAGGUGGAGUAUUAUUUCAGUGAUGAAAAUCUGCCCACUGAUAAGUAUAUGCUGAGUCUGGUCAAACGGAACAAGGAAGGGUUUGUUCCUAUACCAGCGAUUGCUUCUUUUAGGAAAAUGAAGAGGCUCACUAGAGACCAUUUAUUUAUUGCUGCUGCACUGAAGGAAUCUUCACUGCUUGUUGUUAGUGGUGAUGGGAAAAGGGUUAAGCGGCUCAAUCCACUUCGUUUCAAUGAAGUUAAAGAUCAUAAGUUAUAUACUGUUUUGGCAGAGAAUUUGCCGGAGGACCAUUCAAGGGAGAACAUUCGGCAAAUAUUCCAAAUAGCUGGAAAUAUAAAAAAGUUAACCAUAAAUGACCCGCGUUCUACUGCAGCCUCUGCUAAACAUAUCAAGCAAGACAAGUUUAUUGGUAGCAAGUUGCAUGCUCUUGUGGAAUAUGAGACUAUUGAGGGUGCUGAGAAAGCUGUGGCAAUGUUAAAUAAUGAAGAAGACUGGAGAAAUGGCAUGCGAGUUAAAUUCCUCAGUCGGAUGGCGGUGAAGUAUGUACAAAAAAAACAACCUUUGAAGGGAUCUAAUUCUGAGAAGAAUGGCUCUAGCCAUGUAUCUGAGAAAACUGGAGACGAGGAGAAUCAUGGCUCACAUGAGCAUCGUGAAGAUAUGCCUGUGGUAGAGGAUGGGGAGCAUGUGUCAAAGGAUAAAGGUGGGCAGAGGAACUCUAAACAAGGAAGAUCAAGAAAGCAAAAAUACCGUGCUACAAAUGGAAUGGGCCAUGGAGGUACAUCAUCUAUUCGAACUACCGAGCCAUCAAAACCACCUCCUGGACCAAAAAUGCCUGAUGGAACACGGGGUUUUGCUAUCGGAAGAGGUCGCCCUCCUGUUCCUGCAUCGAAUUAGCAAGAUUGAUGCCAGAUAAUGGACUGUAUUUGACUGUAUUUUUAGUAUAAGUGAUGGACAAUUUUAAAUUGGGGGUCCUUAUGUGUGUUUGCUUGAGUCAGGGUUUAAGGGUUUGUUGGACUGUUAAAUUUUGUGGCUCAUUCUGGUGAAAAGUAGUGUUGGUGGAGCUCAAAACAUUUUAAGAUUAUUAGGCUGGGAAAUAUGAAACUUUUUUUUUUGGUAGUCCUCACCAUACGAUGAAUCUAUGUAGCAAUAUUUCUGUUGAAGUGGGUGAAAUCCACUUGUUUGAUAUUGAUUGAAAUGAUGGUUGGCAUUAUCAUCGUCGUUGUUUAAA